AUGAUUAUCCCGGUUAUUAGCAAAGAUUCAGUCGAUGGUGACUUGAAUUAUAAGCCACCUUCCUCGUUCCCAAUUGGUCCGUACUUUAAAAAAUAUGCACAUAACCCAAUAUUGACUCCUAACCCAGAAAACGAUUUUGAGAGUGCAUAUAUUUACAAUGCCACUGCCAUAGUGGUAGAUGACAAGGUUUUCCUCUUCUAUAGAGCACAAAAUGCUGCCUUAACGUCGAGCGUGGGGAUAGCAGUUUCAAAAGAUGGUUAUAAUUUCAAAAGAUUUCCUGAGCCUGUUUUGUAUCCAACGGAACCUUGGGAAAAUGGCGGUGGCUGCGAAGAUCCUAGAAUUGUAAGAGACCCCAAAUCCAAACUUUUCAUUAUGACUUAUACUGCUUACGAUAGAAACCAUGCUAGAUUAUGUGUUGCAACAUCCGAGAAUCUAUUCAAAUGGAAGAAAUAUCCUCCGAUUAUCUAUCCUGAUGAAAGUUGGAAUGAUAUAGCCGUUGUCAGUAAUGGUGAUACUAUUAUUCGAAAUGCUUGGCUGAAGCUGGGUGCUGUCUUUACAGAAAAGAACAAAUACACUGGCAAAUAUUACAUGAUUUGGGGCGACUGCUGCUUCCACUUAGCUGAAUCUGAUGAUUUGAAACACUGGAAAUUAAGAACGAAUGAUUACCACGCUAGUAUAUUCGCAAAAGGAAUCUUUACAUGGCAAAAUAAAUUAAUUGAGCCAGGUCCAGCUCCAAUUAAAAUUCAGUACAAGAAAGAUUCUAAAAAAAAUCAUUACGUACUCUUCUACAAUUCUGCAACAGUAGGCGGUGGUGAUCUUCCAAAGGAUACAUAUUCCAUCCUGCAAAUGCUAGUCGAUUAUGAUGACAUUACAGGAGGACCACUUGCAAGACUAGAAAAGCCCAUCCUUAUCCCUGACCAAGAUAACGAGAAAAAUGGCCAAGUUGAUAAAGUUGUAUUCACCGAAGGAAUUGUUCAAUUUAAAGGUAAAUGGUUCUUAUACUUUGGCCAAGGUGAUUCUGAACUUGGAGUUGCAACUUGUGAUGUUGAAUAG